GCGCGAAGAAGGGUGAUGGCUUCUAAUUCUGGUUCUAUCUCCCAAGGGGCUUCGAUGGCCACAGAAAUCUGCUCCCAGAUAGCCUCCAUAUUUUCAAAGCCCACGCAUCCAUACCCGCCCCCACUGGACCUUCUGGUCACCGAGCUCGCCUCCGUUGCCUCUCAAAACGGCCGCGUUUUUCUUUACGGGGUGGGCCGCGAGGGCCUCAUGCUCAAGGCCCUCUGCAUGCGCCUCUUCCACCUAGGCCUCUCGGCUCACUUCAUCUUCGAUAUGACCACUCCCCCCAUCGCCGCUGCCGAUCUCCUCAUCGCUUCCGCUGGCCCCGGCGGUUUCUCCACCGUCGACGCCCUCUGCGCCGUGGCGCGCUGCCACGGCGGAAGGGUGCUGCUCCUCACUGCCCAGCCCGAGACCGGAUCGUGCGUGAAACACGCUAACGUUGUGGCUUACGUGGCAGCGCAGACCAUGGCCGAUGAUGCGGACGUUGCAGAGGAUGCGAAAUCUCGACCGUUGCUUCCAAUGGGAAGUGUAUACGAAGGGGCACUGUUUGUUCUGUUUGAGAUGGUUGUUUACAAGUUGGGUGAGGCCUUGGGUGAGACCCCUGACGCCGUUCGAUCUCGCCACACUAACCUUGAAUGAAAAAGUUAUAUGAGCGGCUCGAUCAUGCCAUGUGUGGUGCCAAGCGAAAAACUGUACGGAGAUAUAACUGUUUAAACAUUCGUACAAUCCAUCUGAAAAUUAGCUUUUGUUGUGCUAAGAGUUUGGUUACCAUAUUUGUCAA